AUGGCCUCCCGCCUCGCGGGAACUGCGGUGCCCAGAGGCCUCCGCGAUUCCAGGACCGAGAAUUCCGCUGCAGGGCCGGAGACGACCGCGGGGCGGGCCAACAGCGGAGUCCACGGCCGACUGCACUUCUCAGACUCCUCCGCGUCAGAGACAAAAGUUGCCGAAGUACCAGGAGGACAACAGUCGUUUCUGGCGAACUCUGCUUCCCGGAACCAACGGCAGCCGUCUGCAGGCACUGUGAAGACAAGGCGCCGGAACCGCGAAACUACACUUCCCAGAAAAUUAUGCGGCCGUGAAACUUCUUUCGGGUCAUUCCUCUGCUCGCACAGAUGUUGUCCGGCCCGGAGAAGGGCAGCCUUGCUAGUGCGGGACACGAAGUGGCCUCUACCAGUCGAAGGUCUCUUCUCAUCCAAAACUUUUCUGCCACGCUGUCCAGCUCGUAUAGGUCUUCAGUAUUUGGCGCCCACUUGCCCAGGACUGUAUUUCCCCAAAUGCCGUGUCCGGGCUGUUACAUUAGCUGUCCGCGGACCAGUGACACUUCCCGGAAGUUCGAGGGGUCACGUCUUCGCUACGACAGUGACUGCCGCUGUGAUGUGCAUUACAUGUCCUCGAAGGACUCAGGAUUAUCGGACUCGAGUGAGGGCCCUGAGAACAAAGACCCUCAAUCCUGGGAAAAAAACACUCCUCUGGCCCCAGAAGCGCUUCUUAGUCUCUGACUUUGCCCAGCCCACCCACACGGGCCCUGGACAAAGAUGUAUCUAGGCCAGAGCAUUCUACUGUUGUUUGUGUUGUUGCCUUUACUUUCCUUUUAAAAUAAGUUAAAUUUUACUUAUUUUUUAAAAAUUAUAAAUAGUAUGAAUUUUCUUGCAUAUGUCAAGUACUUAUAUGCAUAAGAUUCACGAGGUAAUGCUUCCACCUUGGUAUAUCUUGUGAGUGUGGUAUUCAGUCCCUAUAGCAGCAGUGGUUUUUAAAAACAUUGUGGCAUCAGCUGGAUUCCUCUCAAGGCUUAGAGUAUGUAACAAGGAAAGAUCUGCCAGUGCAAAGUAUAUUCCCAUUUAUGUCUUUUUAUGUCUUUAUUAAACAGUGACAUUUUUUUCAAAGUUGUACCAAUUUGUACUCCUGCCAUAGUUUAUAGUUAUUUUGGUUGGCAACUGUUAGUGCCAGCACUUGAUUUUUGUGAAACUUUCAAAUUUUACAAAUCUGCUAGGUGUCAAAUUAUAACUCAUUGUGGCUUAAA